AGUAUAAUACCGGAUAACAGACCACCACCUGGAUGGCCAUCUCGUGGAGAGAUUCAUAUUAAAAAUUUGGAAAUUAAAUAUGGACUUGAUAGUCCUCUAAUUUUGAAAGGCAUCUCACUUGAUAUUAUGGCUGCUGAAAAGAUUGGAAUUGUUGGUCGAACUGGAUGUGGGAAAUCAACGUUAGCAAUGUCAUUCUUUAGAUUUAUUGAAGCAACUUCUGGAAGUAUUGUAAUUGACGAUGUUGAUAUCAGUACUAUUGGAUUAAAAGAUCUUAGAAGUAAUAUUACUAUCAUACCUCAAGAUCCGGUCCUAUUUAAUGGCACUAUUAGAAGCAACUUGGAUCCAUUCAACGAGUAUAGCGAUCUCAAGUUAUGGAACACGCUUAGGCGUGUACAAUUAAUUAAAAAUUCAAUCCCUAUUUCUGAAAAAAAUGAACCAGAAGAAUCAAAUGUCAUCCAUUCUAUUUCAGAUCAGAAAAAUAAUAAACAAGAAGCAAUAACGCUUGACUCGCCUGUCAAAGAAAAUGGAUCAAAUUUUUAA